ACUUUGAGAUGUAAUAUUUGCUGUAGGGCGUGGUCCCCUCCUACGGGUCGACGACUCCCUACCAGGAUUCACAUAUAUAAAAGGAGAUCUCGACAUGCUACGAUACAUAGCAAUCGCAUACCUUAGGGCGAGUACUGGUAAUCCAGCAGCGCACUGAUAAGGCAUGAAGGUCCUCAUUGUUCUCUCCGCGCUCUGCGCUAUCGCGACCGCAAAGCCGACUUAUCUAGCUUACACCGGCAUACCACUCGGACCCGAUGGUAAGAUCCUGGACACUCCGGAGGUGGCGCAAGCAAAGGCGGCGCAUCUCGCUACUCAGGCUUACGAGGCCGCUAGAAAUACGCUCGGCUAUGCGCCCGCCCUGGCCAUUUAUGCACCUGCAAUUACGUACGGCGCGCCCAUCGGCGCGGACGGUCGGGUGAUAGACACACCUGAGGUCGCUCAGGCCAAGGCUGCCCAUCUCGCCGCUCACGCCCAAGAGGCAGCCAAAACAGUCGGAUUUGCUCCAUAUGGGGCUCUAACAUACGCUUCGCCUGCAUUCUACGGUUACGCUCCACUUGGACCCGAUGGCAGAGUAAUAGAUACCCCCGAAGUGGCGCAAGCUAAGGCCGUACAUUUUGCUGCACAUGAGGCUGCCCGAAACGCCGUUUAAUAAGUGUAAUUAUAUGAAAACUGCGAUACACCAUGCAUAUUGAUC